AUUGUGGUCUGUGUGCUAAAGGAAGCCGCUGCACCGGAAUCUGAAGAAUUUGAGGUGUCCGCCAAGUCUACCGUUCAUCGUCCGCUCGUCUCUCUCUGUUUCUAACUGCACUGUGAUCUCGGACGGACUGUAAGGUUUAGCAAGGAGAAAGAAAAUGUCUCAGGCUGAUAAAAUGAAGCAGGGGCAGUUCUCCAACCCUGAGACACCAGGAUAUGUUGGAUUUGCCAACCUGCCUAAUCAGGUUCAUCGCAAGUCAGUAAAAAAGGGAUUUGAGUUUACAUUGAUGGUAGUAGGUGAAUCUGGACUUGGAAAAUCUACCCUGAUCAACAGCCUUUUUCUCACCGACCUUUACCCUGAAAGAGUCAUCCCUGGAGCAGCAGAAAAGAUAGAAAGGACGGUUCAGAUCGAGGCGUCGACAGUAGAAAUUGAGGAGCGAGGAGUGAAGCUCCGUCUGACUGUGGUAGACACGCCAGGAUACGGAGACGCCAUCAACAGCCAAGACUGUUUUAGCACCAUUAUCAGCUACAUUGAUGACCAGUUCGAGCGCUACCUCCAUGACGAGAGCGGUCUGAAUCGUAGACACAUUGUCGACAAUAGAGUUCACUGCUGCUUCUACUUCAUCUCCCCGCUCGGCCAUGGCCUGAAACCCCUGGAUGUUCAGUUUAUGAAGGCCAUUCACAAUAAGGUCAACGUGGUUCCUGUCAUCGCCAAGGCAGACACACUCACUCUCAGAGAGAGGGAGAGGCUCAAGCGCAGGAUUCUGGAUGAGAUUGAUGAACAUGGGAUCAAGAUUUACCACCUUCCUGAUGCUGAGUCAGAUGAGGACGAAGACUUCAAAGAGCAGACCAGGAUCCUCAAGGCUAGCAUCCCAUUUGCAGUGGUGGGAUCCAACCAGCAGAUUGAGGCCAAGGGGAAGAAGGUGAGGGGCCGCCUGUACCCCUGGGGAGUGGUGGAGGUGGAGAAUCCAGAACACAACGAUUUCCUCAAGUUGCGGAUCAUGCUGAUAACCCACAUGCAGGAUCUACAGGAAGUGACCCAGGACCUUCACUAUGAGAACUUCCGCUCGGACCGCCUCAAGCGGGGUGGCAGGUUGUCCUCCCAUGGUUACAUUCUGCCUCUGUCUCCUGCAAAGGGACCGGAGCCAGAGGAAAUGGACAAGGAUAUGAUACUGCAGGAGAAGGAGGCUGAGUUGAGGCGAAUGCAGGAGAUGAUUGCCAAGAUGCAGGCCCAGAUGCAGAAGCAGGGAGAUGGAGAGGGAGACGGCCCCCACGUGUGAGCAGCCUAUGGUAUUGGAGCCGCUGGUGGAGACUGAUGGAUGGUAGCAGUGAAGGUGCAAAGGCCAUUUUGUUAUUGACUCGUAUUGCUUGCCACUAUUUUUAUUCCAAUCCGACACAGGAUCUGGAAUCUUUUUUUUAUACAUACAGUAAAGUAUAUUCAAACAGUGUUAUGUUUAUAUAUUUACACACAGUUCUAUUUCUUCUUUUUUUAUUUUGUUUCAUUUUACUAAACCUUUUCCAUUUACUCAAAUGAAGUCACAUGACCCAUCUUUUUAAAUGGUGGCAUAUAUCUUUAAUAUUGGGAUGUUCUGUUACUUUUCCAUUUAUUCCCUUACUGUUUUUGCUAUUGAGAAAACCAAAGUAUCGCUGCUUGUAUUCUGUGCUUUUAGUCCUUAAACAUCUCUCAAAGCACAUGCUAAAUUUUGCUCAUUGACAGAGCCUUAUUGGGAGAGUCAACUAUGGUGGAAACUAGUAGCAGAAAUAGCUUUUCUUGCCAUUGUUAUGCCAUUGUCUAAGUAUUCUUUUUGUCAAGAAAAAAACAUGACUUCAUAUUCCCUCUGGCUUCAAAGUGACCAUACAAGCAUCCCUUUAAACAGUGUUACCGGUAGUCAUAUUACCAUCCUCGUGUGCAUGCAACUCUCAAACUCUGGUAAAAAAAAAUUCAGGUGAAUUUUCCCUCUAGUGCUAUAUUUGGAUCAGCAAACCUUCCUCCUUAGUGCGGAGCUCAGAUCAUUACUGUACGACGUCACUCAAGUGUAGUUCCGCUCCUUUUUGAGUUUGAUAUGAAUUAAAUAAACUGUGACCCUUGACCUCUUAUAGUCUUCCCGUAGACCUGACAAAUGAAGGACAGGCAGAUGAGGUGCAGUGCCUGUUUGGUGCAUUCAGUUAGCUAGAUGUAAUUACUCCAUGUCCAUGUCUACACUGUAAAGUCAAGUCAUGUGCCAGGGAGCAUUAACUGUUAUGUUUUAAUGAUGCAGUGAGAUUUAAGAGGUAGAAAUUUGUAUCUGUCCCGACUGCUGAGUACUUUGUGGUUUCCAUGACCACAGAGAUUAAAAGUGACCCAAUGAGGUCAGUGUAGCCAACGUUUCCCUCACCAGCCAAGAUGUGAGUUCUUGACAUUCCUCUUUGUGGUGUUUUUAUCCAAUAUUAAAGUACCAAAUAUUGUUUUUGAUGCAUAUAUUGUAAUAAAAGUUUUAUUAAACCUGA